UCCUCCUCCUCCUCCGCCUGCAGUUUCAAUCUCUCUCUCUCUCUCUCUCUCUCUCUUCACAUAACGCUUAGGAGAGAGUUGAUAUAAGUCGAUGCACCGGUCGUCCAUCUCUCUCCCUCUCCUCCUCCUCCUCCUCCUCCAAUGGCGGGCCACCACUCCUCGGCAUCGCCGCACCAGGCCUUCGCCUCCCGCCUCCUCCUCCUCCUCACCGUCCUCCCGCUGACCCUCGCCUGCUUCGCCUUCCUCCUCCAGUGGCGCGGCGGCCUCAACGAUCCCGUCACCCGCUGGUCCCCCGACCGCCUCGAGUUCCCCGGCAUGGAGGACGACACCGCCGCCGCCGGCUCCAAUGUGCCCUCCCGCGGCGAUCGCUCCGGCUCCGGCUCCGCGGCCGGCUCCGGCUGCGUCGACGUCCUCGGCCGGAGCCGGACGGCGUCGUUCCCGUACUACCGCGAUUGGAAGUUCGAUCUCGGAUCGGAUCUGCGGCCUCAGAUAUGCAUUACGACCAGCACGUCUGCGGGCCUAGAACAGAUACUACCAUGGAUAUUUUAUCAUAAGGUUAUUGGAGUAUCAACUUUCUUCCUUUUCGUGGAAGGAAAGGCUGCCUCGCCUGACGUGUCUAAAGUUUUGGAAUCCAUUCCUGGGGUCAAGGUCAUAUACAGGACGAGAGAAUUAGAGGAACAGCAAGCAAAAAGCCGUAUCUGGAAUGAGACUUGGUUGGCAAGCUUCUUCUACAAGCCAUGCAACUAUGAGCUAUUUGUGAAGCAAUCCCUAAAUAUGGAAAUGGCUAUUGUCAUGGCAAGGGAUGCAGGGAUGGAUUGGAUCAUUCAUCUUGACACUGACGAGCUCAUAUAUCCAGCAGGAAAUCGUGAGUAUUCAGUGAGACAGCUGCUAGCUGAUGUGCCUGGAAAUGUUGAUAUGGUCAUUUUUCCAAAUUAUGAAAGCAGUGUGGAGAGAGAUGAUGUUAAAGAGCCCUUUAGUGAGGUGUCAAUGUUUAAAAAGAACUAUGACCAUUUAACAAAAGAUGUAUACUUUGGCAAUUACAAAGAUGCAACCCGUGGUAAUCCAAAUUACUUUCUGACUUAUGGAAAUGGGAAGGCUGCUGCUCGUAUUCAAGAUCAUCUUCGUCCCAAUGGUGCUCACAGAUGGCACAACUACAUGAAAACCCCAAAUGAGAUUAAAUUGGAAGAGGCUGCUGUUCUGCAUUACACAUAUCCAAAGUUUUCAGAUUUGACAUCAAGACGUGAUCGGUGUGGCUGCAAGCCUACUAAGGAGGAUGUGAAAAGAUGCUUUAUGUUGGAGUUUGACCGAGCAGCUUUCAUUAUUGCAUCGACUGCAACAGAGGAGGAAAUGCUUCGCUGGUAUCGAGAACGAGUCGUAUGGACUGACAAGACUGUGAAUCUUAAACUUCUCAGGAGAGGCAUUUUGACUCGCAUUUAUGCUCCUACGGUUAUUGUGCAAGGAUUAAGGGAAACUGGUGUUUUCAGCUCUGUUAUUGCAUCAGCACAGACGACUCUCUCGAAGGACAAGGUUGUGUCCAUUGAGAGCAAAAACUCUUCUAGGAAACUUGAAUCUGGAGAAGUUUCCUCAAGAAAGAUAGGUACCAACAGAGAGUCUCAAGUAAUCGCAAGAAGAGUAUUGGAAAGUACUGAGAGCGACAUUCACCCUUCAGCAGUCCCACCAUUACCUCCUCCUGGUGCGGAUGACUCUCACUUAUUGUCCGAUGAAUUCAGGAUACAGUGACUGUUGCCUCCUUAUAACCGGUUUUGUUUGAAGAAACGCACAAGAUUUACACGUGUGCCAAAGUGGAAUGUGCCUGAUGAGAGAGAUUGGAGCAGAUCUAGCCAGCAUUGGACGUUCAGUUCCAGUUUUAGGGUUCUUCCCGAUCACUACCCAAGCGUUGAUGUACAUUUCGGGAUUUCGAGCAUAGAGCACUGACUUGGAGGGAUUUUUUUUUUUUUUCCUACAUCGGGCCAAUCUUUUCUGCAUUUGCCCCAUCCUCCUUCUGGUUGUCUUGGGUCUCUCCCAGGAAUGCCAAUCUUCUUAUAUUUUAUUCAUAAACUCAAACAUUUUUUUCACUGGGGGUGGUGGAUUUACUUUUCACCCCCAUUUACAUACAAAUAGUCACUUUAGGAAGAUUUUACAUUGCAUUUCCACUCGUGUUCAAAACUAUCUUCAGUCUAAA